AUGAAUCCCGAGAGAAAGAACAUCCAUAAUUACAAGUUUGUGGAACCUCAGUUGGCUGUCUUGAGAGGACUUGAGGAACGUUUAGAUAUGGAACACAAAGAUGAUUUCAAAGAGGCUUAUGGCAACCUAUUCGGAAUUCUAAACACCGAAGUUAACAUUACUGUUGUGCACACUCUGUUGCAAUUCUACGAUACCCCACUAAGAUGCUUUACUUUCCAAGAUUAUCAUUUGGUGCCUACAUUGGAAGAGUACUCACAUAUUCUGGGUAUUAGAAUCAAGAACCAAGUGCCUUACAUUCGCACUAAAGAACUUCCUAAAUAUCAAGACCUUGUUGAAGCUCUACACAUAGGAAAGAAGGAAGUAGAGCUGAACUUGAAGCCUAAGGGUGGAAUUCAUGGCUUCACCUCUAAGUUUCUAGUGGACAAAGUUAUUGCCUUCGCCGAAGCUAGGCGUUGGACGACCUUCAAUGCCAAUCUAGCUUUACUUAUCUAUGGGAUCGUAUUGUUUCUAAAUAUGGAGGAAUUCUUAGACCUGGAAGCCAUUCAUAUCUUCCUGACUCAGAAUCCUAUUCCUACUCUUCUCGUUGAUACUUACUACUCCAUCCAUGUGAGGACUCAGAAGAAGAAAGGGACAAUCGUCUGCUGCACCCCUUUGUUGUAUAGAUGGUUUAUUUCGCAUCUACCCAACAAAGGCCCUUUUGUUGAGAACAAAGAAAACUUGAAGUGGUCCCAGCGGAUCAUGUCCUUGAAAGCCGAAGACAUUUCUUGGUAUUCUCGAGUUUACGAUGGUGUUAAGCUUAUCCUCAAUUGUGGGGAUUUUCCUAAUGUACCUCUUCUUGGGGUCGAAGAGCCAGAAUUGAUAAAUAAGAUUGUCAAGGCUUGGGGAGCAAUUUGUCCUCAAGGAAGAGCAGAGAUGGGAAAUAAGAAUUGUAUCGCCAAGGAAGCUUACACCAGUUGGGUCAAAGGAAGAGUUAGUGAGAUUUUUUUGUCGUUCCCGCCCGAACCGUCCAUGAACGUCCAGUCUCUUGAACCAGUGAACCAUCCAAAUUCUGAAGUUGAUGAAUUGAAGAAGGUUUUCAAUACCCUAGAGAAAGAGAAUGCUGAUCUCAAAUCUAGGCUUGGUAAGAUCUCUUUGGAGAAAGAAACCCUGAAGUUCAAUCUAAAUCAGAAUAGAGAUCGAGUUCUUCAAGCAAAUGAUGAGGUACAGACAGAGGUAUUCAAAAGACUCAAAGUGGGUGACACACUCAAAGGCACUUAUGCUAUUUUGACAACCAAAAAGAAGCUAUUAGCCGAAGCUAAAUACCGUGUCAGCAAAAUGGAACUCGAACACAUGGAAUAG